GACUGAAACUAAAGGCAGGAAUUAAUUAAUUUAAAAGGGCGGGUGUAGCGGGAACCCUUCCACCGCCGCAGCAAACAGGCAACCGCCGCCGCCGCAAGCAAACCUCACAGCAACAAUGGAAUUAUUUGAGAGCUCUACUCUCGGUCUCUGGAAAGAAUCACUCUCUUCUUACUCGUCUCGCAUCGAAUUGCUCAACAAACCCGAUCUGGUUUCUCUCGACGAAUUCUACCGCCACCAACUCCCUCCUCUCCUCCGCCAGCGAAACCCUAACCCCUUCAUCACCACCUCCGAGCUCUCCGACCUCAUGCGCUGGAAGCUCAGCCGUGGAAAAUGGCGGCCGCGGCUGCUGGAUUUCGUUUCAUCCUUGGAUGAUUCCGUGGUGAAAUCGGCAUCCGAAAAGGCGUUUCGGUCUCUUCCGGAUAUCUCGAAGGCCAUCUCUGAGCUCACGGUGCUCAAAGGCGUGGGUCCCGCCACCGCCUCCGCCGUUCUUGCAGCUUAUGCGCCCGACGUGGCGCCUUUCAUGUCCGACGAGGCUAUGGUUGCAGCUCUUGGAAACUCCAAAGACUAUACACUUAAGCAGUACCUGUUAUUUGCAAAUAAAUUGCAGGAGAAGGCAAAGGAAUUGAGCGCAGAAGGCGAGACCUUCACGCCAUCAGAUGUAGAGAGAGCUCUGUGGAGUUGCACUGUUGGGGCCAAGUUAUCUUCACAGAAAGUACAAGACCCCAAAAGUGAUACAAGUAAAAGCUCCAAGCGGAAGAGAAAGCGUUGAUAUGGUGCCAUGCCAUUUAACUGGCAAUGCCUGUAAGUUUUAACUAACUUUAUAACCUAGAUUGAAAUGCCACCGCUGCUGAAGGCAUGACACUUGUGUACUGUAUAAUAUGUUGUGAGUUCUUAGACCUAAACCUUGUCGCUUCCA